UAGAAAUAAAUAAUGAUGCUGAAACUGUGCAGUAAUGGAGUUAUAUUCGUGUUUUAUGCAUUUUAUAUAUUACGAAUGCGGUGCUUCGCACACUCCGCCGUAGCUGAGCACGGGCGUCGCGACACACGCCCGCAUAUAGAACUGGAUAAACAAGCAUCGGGUUCGGAUUCGCUGGUAUCGUCCAAGCCGUUUCCAUCCAGUGACAUUGUGGCACAGUUUGUGCUGCCGCCCAUGGUUACUGGGUUUGGAUCUGGAGGCGUCACUUCGACGUCAACUCUGGCCAAUUUCGCAAAUCGCACAAAUGUUUCUGUUGGAUCAGGAGUCGGUGCACAAUCGAAAAACUAUUUUACGCAUUUAACCUUCGAUUACACGGAUAAUGUGAUGUAUGCGGGUGCCACAAACAAGAUACUCAAGCUGAAUGAGAACCUACGCGUCCUCUCCGAGGCAGUAACUGGACCCAAGCACGAUUCACCUCAAUGCCAUGCGGGGGGCUGUCCGGAGGAGGUGGAAACGUCGCUGGUAAACAAUUUCAAUAAGAUCUUGGUUGUCAGCUAUGCCCAUAACGAAGGCAUCCUUAUAUCAUGUGGCAGUAUUCGACAAGGUGCCUGUGAGAUAUACAAUCUUUUGAGAUUCCCAGCAACUCCACAGUUUGUUGCUGUGCCCUUGGCAGCCAACGAUGAGAGUGCCUCGACAUAUGCCUUCGUGGGGCCCGCUCGCUACUCGUGGAAGGAGGAGGAUAUCCUGUAUGUGGGCACCACAUUCACCAACGUGGGUGACUAUCGCCAUGAUGUGCCAGCGAUAUCGUCGCGUCGCUUGGAGGACUUGAACUAUGCCGAGUUUUCAAUACAGCAGUCAAUUAUCAACAUAGAUGUGAAGUACCGGGAUCAUUUCCUGGUCGACUACGUCUACGGAUUCAAUUCGUCGGAGUAUGCAUAUUUUGUGCUUGUACAGAAGAAAUCGCAUUUGGCGGAAGAAGCGGGAUAUGUGACACGCUUGGCAAGGAUCUGCAUAACGGAUCCCAAUUACGACAGCUACACGGAGAUAACAAUUCAAUGCACUGCCACCGAGGAUCAUACAGAUUACAAUAUAUUGCGGGAUGCUAAGAUCACUCACGCCAGUCAGAAGUUGGCCCAUCAAAUGGGCAUCAAGAGGGAUGAUCAUGUGCUCGUUACGGUGUUCUCCCCUUCCAAGGAGAUUAGCGAUCAGCCGGAGAAUAAGUCGGCCAUGUGCAUCUAUAGUCUGAAGGAUAUUGAAGAUGUGUUCAUUGAGAACAUUCACAUGUGCUUCAAUGGCACCAUUAAGGAUCGCAAUCUGGGCUAUAUAUCAGGCACUAUCAAUGAUGGCCGUUGUCCAAUCGUUGGCUCCUUGGGUAACAUUUACAACUUCUGUAAUGUAGGACUCAAGAUUAGUGGAGUGGCGCCAAUAUCGGCUCAUGCUCUCUUCCAUUUCGAUAAUGUGUCCGUGACAUCGGUGACAGCGACAACGACGACGGAUCAACAGCAUUCCCUGGCAUUUCUGGGCACCGAGGCGGGCACUAUCAAAAAGGUGCUUUUGUCGGGCCAGAAACCCGGCGAGUACGAGGAGAUUGUCGUGGACGCCGGCAAUCGCAUCCUGCCCAACACAAUGAUGUCCCCCAAAAAGGAUUUCCUUUAUGUGUUGUCCAUGCGCAAAAUAACCAAAUUACGUAUUGAACACUGCUCCAUGUAUACGAAUUGUUCAGCUUGUCUGGAGUCAAGGGAUCCCUUCUGUGGCUGGUGCUCAUUGGAGAGGCGUUGCACAGUUCGCUCCACCUGCCAGCGAGAUACAUCCGCAUCCAGAUGGCUAUCUUUGGGCAGCGGACAACAAUGCAUUGACUUUGAGUCAAUAAUUCCCGACAAGAUUCCCAUCAGUGAGCUGUCGCAGGUGCAGCUAAUUAUCCGCACAUUGCCGGAACCAUUCAAUGCCAAAUAUCGCUGUGUCUUUGGCAACUCAACACCGAUCGAUGCCGAGAUACUGGAGCAUGGCUUGGCUUGUGCCACACCGCCAAUUGAUCAGAGGCCGAUGAUAGCCAGCAAUUUGGAUCAUGUCCUGGUGCCGCUUUCCGUGCGUAGUUCCGAGACAAACAAGGAUUUUGUGUCGCGUUCAUUUGCCUACUUCGAUUGCUCCCACCACGUCAACUGUCAGUCGUGCGUGCGCAGCUCGUGGGGAUGCAACUGGUGUAUCUUCGACAACAAGUGUGUACACCAGUCGGAUCAGUGCCGCAACAUGGAAAAUGCCAUAAGCAUCGAGGCUCAGUGUCCGCAUUUGAAGCGCAGUCGUGAGGCAAUCCUGCUGCCAGUUCGGGUACCCAAGGAGAUUCGCCUGGAGAUUGAGAAUCUACCGAAACCGAAGAGCGCUCACGCUGGUUACCUGUGCACCAUUCAGAUCGAAGCAGCCCAAAUGCUAUUGCCAGCUCACAUCGAGUCCAACCGGAUAGUGGUGUGCGAAAAGACGCCGUACUUCUAUGAGACGAAUACACACGAGUACGAGGCGAAGGUGGAGAUCACUUGGAAUCGACAGCACUAUGUGGAUACCGCCACGAUCGUGCUGUACAAGUGCGAUGUGCUUGGCUCCCAUCGGGAGCAUGCGGAUUGCAGUCUGUGCGUGACCCGUGAUCCCAAAUAUCAGUGUGCCUGGUGUGAUGGAUCUUGUGUCUACAACGAGACAUGUUCUGGCUUUGAUGCAUCUAUGAUGGGAUCAAGAAAUAAUGUGAUCAUGCAAAACGAGUGUCCACGCCCAAGGAUUGACAUCAUUAAGCCAUUGUCUGGACCUGUCGAGGGUGGCACUCUCGUCACCAUCGAGGGCAGCAAUUUGGGUAUACGCGAAGAAGAUGUUCGCGGCAAGAUCUCGAUUGGCAAUGUGCCCUGUGACCUGGUCAAUUAUCAGAUAUCGGUCAAGAUCGAGUGUCGCACUCGGGCAGCGCCAAAUGAGAUGUCCGCAGCCAUUAAAGUGGCCAAUGAUGCUGGAUACACUGAAUCCAGUGUGCAGUUUCACUUUAAGGAUGUUCAGCUGACCGGAUUAUAUCCCGGAGUUGGUCCCAAAUCGGGCGGCACACAGUUGUCGCUGUUGGGCAAGUACCUGAACAUUGGCUCCAGCAUUCGGGCCUUUCUCGAUGAAUAUGAAUGCCAUAUCAACGUGACUCAGGCAUCGUCUUCCCGCCUGUCGUGUAUUACGUCCGAGGCGACACAGCCGGAGCCAAUACGCUCACUUCGCUUGGCUAUCGAUGGAGCUAAUCGUACAUUCACGUGCCAUAAUCCUUUGCAGCCAUCAUCAUCAUCAUUAGGACAUCAGUUUGGAUUAUAUGGCGGUUCAUACUAUAACAUGAUGCAGCCGCCUCCACCGUCGCCCUGCUCCAUUUUCAACUAUACGCAGGAUCCGCGGAUUAUGCAAAUCAAGCCAUUACGGAGUUUUGUUAGUGGCGGACGCAUCCUUACGGUGCACGGCAUGUACCUCGACUCGAUACAAAACCCGGAGCUGGAAGUGUUCUUCGAUAGCGAGCGCGUUAACAAAACCUCUUGUACUGUUAUCAACUCCAGCCAGAUGGAGUGUCCAUCUCCGCCAGUGAACUUAAAAUUUCACCUCUUGAAACAUUCAAUUUCAACGGAUUUACAGAGGAACAAUGUUACCGGAUCGAAACAUAAACGAAAGCGUAAUAUACUCUAUAAUAAUGAGGAUUUGCGGAACAUUUACGGGACGGGAAUGGGAAUAGGGUCUACGGCAUCCAAUUACUUUGCAGCGUCCAAUAUGGAUGUAGCUGCCUUUGUGAAGGUCCAUGAAACCCAAUUGAAUUUGCAAAUGAGCUUCGUCAUGGAUAAUGUGCAAUUGGUCAGGGACUUGAAUAAGUAUUUUCAUGAUAUCCGCAGUACCAUUGUCUACUUGAGUGAUCCAAAGUACUUGCCAUUCUCAAACGAUGGUGUCAAGCUCUAUAAAGGCGAUACAUUGGUCAUUGAAGGUGAACUCUUGAACUUGGCGGCUGAUGAGUAUGAUGUGAAUGUGACCAUAGGCACCGCUCAGUGCAAUAUAACUAGCCUGGCACUAACCCAACUGUUGUGCAUUCCGCCGGAACAGCAGCCCGCAUCCACGGACGAGAACGGUGUGGAUCAACCGGCGGAUUUGCCGUUGGUGGUCGUCAAAGUGGGUCGCAAUCUGCGCUUCGUCAUUGGAUAUCUCAAAUAUGAUUUGAAUAAACCGUAUUCGAUGCCACACGCAAUGAUAGGAAUAAUACUGACUGUUUUGGCUCUUAUUAUCAUAUUGGUGGUCGUCCUGAUCAUAUUCAGACGCAAGUCGACUCAAGCCGAGCGAGAGUACAAGCGAAUCCAGAUCCAAAUGAUAACGCUGGAGAGUAAUGUGCGUUCCGAGUGCAAGCAGGCAUUUGCCGAGCUGCAGACCGAUAUGACAGACCUAACCGCCGACCUGGAGAGCAGUGGAAUACCCACACUGGAUCAUGUCAAUUAUAUUAUGAAGGUCUUCUUUCCCGGUGUAUCCGAUCAUCCCAUAUUGAAUUCCCCAAAGAUGCGAGGGAAUAACCAGCACACGAAUUACGAUGCGGCCAUGAUGCAAUUUGAGCAGCUAAUCAGCAAUAAAUAUUUCCUGUUGACCUUCAUCGAAACGCUGGAGGCGCAAAGAUCAUCGUUCUCCAUUCGUGAUAGGGUGAAUGUCGCCUCAUUGCUGAUGGUGGUGCUUAUGAAUAAGAUGGAGUAUGCCACGGAGAUCUUGAAAUCUCUACUGUUGCGACUCAUUGACAAGUCACUAGGCAGCAAGCAUCCUCAGUUGAUGCUACGACGCACCGAGAGCGUGGUGGAGAAGAUGCUAACGAAUUACCUAGCGAUUUGCAUGUACGACUAUCUUAAAGAGUAUGCCGGCUCCAGUUUAUUUCUGCUCUUUAAGGCCAUCAAGCAUCAGGUGGAAAAGGGACUUGUGGACGCGAUUACUCAUGAUGCGCGCUAUUCACUCUCCGAAGAGCGAUUACUACACGAACAAGUAACACACUCCAUUGUUAUAUUACACAUACUUCAGGAUGAUCUGGACGAGAAGGUGCAAUGUCGUGUCAAUGACUGGGACACCAUAUCACAGGUCAAACUCAAAAUUCUCGAUGCCAUUUUCAAGAAUACACCAUUUUCGAUGAGGCCAUCGGUGCAUGAAGUGGAUUUAGAAUGGCGUCACGGACGUGGAGGUCACCUAACAUUGCAGGACGAGGAUCUAACUACAAAAACAAUUAACGGCUGGAAACGAUUAAAUACCUUGCAUCAUUAUGGUGUUAAAGAAUCGGCAGUCAUGUCUCUGAUCGCCCGACAAAAUGAUAACUACAAUAUGACUUAUGGAAAGCAGCAAGCACCCUAUCACAAUUUUUACUAUAUAAAUAACUCACAGAGUCACAUAAUAAGCAACAAUGAUAUUGAAUCGGGUCUGCAGCAACCCAGAAUCUACCAUCUGGUUAAGCCAAUUUUACCCGACCAAUAUAUGAAUAUUAAGAACUCAGCCAUAUCUGGAGUCCUGACCUCCAAUCCGGCCCAAUCCGGGCCACAUUGCAUUGGCAGUGGCACUGGCAGCGAGCGUAUUAAUAAAACCAUACCCGAAGUCUAUUUAACUCGCCUUCUUGCCACAAAAGGAACCAUUCAGAAGUUUGUCGAUGAUUUCUUCUCCAUUAUCCUCACCGUUAACGAGGAACUGCCGCCAGCGGUCAAGUGGCUAUUCGAUUUACUGGAUGAAGCAGCCCGGCGACAUGAUAUCGCUGAUUCGGAUAUACUGCACGCUUGGAAGUCAAAUAGUUUGCCAUUACGCUUUUGGGUCAACUUUAUUAAAAAUCCCGAUUUUAUAUUUGACGUAAACAAGACGUACUCUGUGGAUUCGUGCCUGAGUGUUAUUGCCCAGACAUUCAUGGACGCGUGCUCAACAACGGAACAUCGAUUGGGCAAGGAUUCCCCAUCCAAUAAGCUGCUAUUUGCAAAGGAUAUUCCCAAUUAUAGAGUUAUGGUUAAGGACUUUUAUCGGGAUGUGGCACGGCUUCCUCAAAUAAGCGACCAGGAGAUGAGCACUGCCAUGCAGCAAUUGUCUGUGCAACAGAAUGAAGAAUUUGACACGAUUUCUGCUUUAAAGGAACUCUACAUUUACAUAACCAAGUACAGAGAACAGAUCAUGGAUGCCCUCGACUCGGACCCAAACUGUAAAAAAAUGUAUCUUUCUCGAAAACUUGAAAAUGUUGCUUGCACAUUGGACGGUGAAGAUAUUUCAAACUGCUGACAAGAAUUGACAGCUCAAUAUGUAAUACACCUAAUCGUUUAUUUCAAUUUUGAUUAUUAUUUUAUGUGGUGCAAAAAACGUACAUAUACUCGAUAUCUAAAUCAAGUGCCAAUUCGAACAAGAAUUAGUUAUGUAUUAUGAUUUUGUUAAAAUAAUUCGAUACUUAGACAUUGGAAACUUGUGUAAUACUUAUAUACACGAAUAAUUUUCUGUACAAUGAAAAACCCAAUAGUCUAUAUGUAAACAAAUUCAAUAUUACAAUAAUUCGAGGUACAAGAUUUUUAGAAAAAUUUUUGUGUAUUUAUUUUCAAUUUUUUUUAUUAUGCGUUUAAGAUUAUAUUAGAUCGUGCUGUAGUCCAUACAGUUUCAGAAUAUAGAAUCUAUCAUUAUAUACACAAGUAUGUAUAGCUGAAAGUAUUCAUGUAGAUAUUCAUUUUAGAAAUGUCAGAAUAGCAUUUCCGAGAUACUCUAAUCAAGUAGUCAGCUUGAUAAGUAAAAAAAAAAACACAUAUAUCUAAUUGAGCAUACAUUUUAAUAUAAUUACACAUAGUAUUGCAUAUGCACGUAGAUGUAUUUAUUGGUAUUAAUAAUGCUGGUUACUAAGUACCAUAAGAGCAUUUGCAUUUGUAAGCAUCGAUACAUUUUAUGACUGAACUGUAUAGAAAACAUAAAAAAUUGAAAGUCUGGUAGGCAUUGAGCAAAUAUUUGUUACAUGCAAAAUUGAUUGCAUUUAUAUUCUAUUUAGUACUACGUUAAUACUAGAAUUAUAGGUAUCGAAAAGUUAAAUAAAGGUUGCAUAAGCAACCAUUUAUGAAUUUUUAGUUAAAAGUUUGUCUUUACUGUAUUCCAUAUUUGUCUUACUUUACAUUAAUUGAGAAUAAAAGCAAUGAUUUUGUUUCGAAAAGACGAAACUGAAAUAUUUUUACAAAACCAAACACAAACAUACAUGUUACCAACUAACCUUAUCUAAUACCCAUUAAAAUUAGUCUGCUACCAUUAAAUAUAAUAGAUUUUCAAAGCUCGGCAUAUUUUGCGUAAUUUAUUCAGUUCUCUGUGCUGCCUCUUUAAAUCGGCUUGAGCGUAGUACUUUAGAACAUGUGAUAUUAUAUAUUGUAUUAAGGAUUCGUACAGUUUCUUAAGUGUAACCCAAUAAGUUAGCAAACGUCUAGUUUAUAGCGUCUGCAACAGUUGCACUUCUUGUAAUAUUAUUUGUUAUUUACAAAUUCAAUUCGGAUUCUGUUUAAUUUAUAAUGUUUUGCCCAUGCAAAAAAUUCAUAUAUAUUCAUAUUCCUUUUGGUUUUAUCUUAAAGUUAAAUAAAUGAAAAAAACUCUUCUACAUUCAUAUAAAUUUGUCGUACCUCGACUGUAUAUACAUUGUAAACAUUAAAGGGAAAAAAUACAUUACAUUAUGUGGAUAUGAAUUGUCUACUUAUAAGCUAAGCUAAAUGGAAAAUUAAGAGUAAAUACCAUGUAAUUAUCAUAUGUACUUCAUAACAUUUAUUUAUAAGUGUAUGUAUUUAUAAUAAAAUGUACUUUUUUGAAUAAAGUUUAAUAAGUUCUUAA